GGGAGGCUCUCCAAGGGAGCGUCCCACCAGAGAAGAGAAGGAAUGAGCAAGUUGUGAAUUUGGGACCGUUGCUGUUGCACCUGAACCUCUAGCGAGAUGCCUGGCAAGAGCUAGGCUCACCGGGCCACACGGAUCCUGUCAGCACGCCUAUUACUUGGGAAGCUCCUUGGAGAAAGCAAGAUGGCUGUCAAUGGCACUGCCCUGUUGUUGGCCAAUGUCACCUACAUCACAGUGGAGAUUCUCAUCGGGCUCUGCGCCAUCGUGGGCAAUGUGUUGGUCAUCUGGGUGGUCAAGCUGAACCCCAGCCUACAGACCACCACCUUCUAUUUCAUUGUCUCCCUGGCCCUUGCUGACAUUGCCGUUGGGGUGCUGGUCAUGCCUUUGGCCAUUGUCAUCAGCCUGGGCAUCACAAUCCAAUUUUAUAACUGCCUUUUCAUGACCUGCCUGCUGUUGAUCUUCACUCAUGCUUCCAUCAUGUCCCUGCUAGCCAUUGCUGUGGACCGGUACCUGCGGGUCAAGCUCACUGUCAGAUACAGGAGGGUCACCACACAAAGAAGAAUAUGGUUGGCCCUGGGGCUUUGCUGGCUGGUGUCCUUCCUGGUGGGACUGACCCCCAUGUUUGGCUGGAACAUGAAACUGACCUCAGAGCACCAGAGAAAUGUCACCUUCCUCUCGUGCCAGUUCAGUUCUGUCAUGAGGAUGGACUACAUGGUCUACUUCAGCUUCUUCACUUGGAUCUUAAUCCCCCUGGUUGUCAUGUGUGCCAUCUAUCUUGACAUAUUCUAUGUCAUCCGGAACAAACUCAAUCAGAACUUUUCAAGCUCCAAAGAGACAGGUGCAUUUUAUGGACGGGAGUUCAAGACGGCCAAGUCCCUGUUUCUGGUUCUCUUCCUGUUUGCUUUUUCCUGGCUGCCUUUAUCUAUCAUCAACUGUAUCACGUACUUUCAUGGUGAGGUGCCACAGAUCAUACUGUAUUUGGGCAUUCUGCUCUCCCAUGCUAACUCUAUGAUGAACCCUAUUGUCUAUGCUUAUAAAAUAAAGAAGUUCAAGGAAACCUAUCUUUUGAUCUUCAAGACCUAUAUGAUCUGCCAGUCCUCUGAUUCUUUGGACUCAAGCACUGAGUAGACUUCUGAGUAGUUGUCCUUGAAAGAUGAUUCUUCACCCCCAUUAACCUCCAGAUUCAACAUCAGUAAACACUUGAGGACCUAUUUGCCUGAGCCAAGGGCUUUCACAUCCUUAAUUUCUUCUACUGAGGUGGGGAGCAUUUGACUGGUUGCCUCCAAUUGUAUCUCCCCUAACACCCUUCCUGUAAUCCAAUUAUUUUCUUGUCCUUCUUCUCUGAUUCACUGUUCUGGAUGUCUGACUUGAGGAAAAUGUCCUGCUGUUACUACUGUUUGUGUUCCUCCUUCCCAAGCAAGAGGAGAAGUUAUGGAAUCCGAAGGAGGCCUUGUUGACUCAGAGAUGAAAAGUCCCAGUCCUGCGGGACAUGAGUGUGGUGGCGACUCUGUUCCACUCCAUUGCAGAAUCACACCAAGAAACCUACCCCAGCAGAUGUCAGGGAGAUGGUAGGAACAGGUCACAAAGGGAGACUUAAACUGCUG